AAGCGCAUUAGGGUUUCUGGUCUAUAUAUUUUGAGAGAGUGCCCGUGUCGGUCUCCUCGAUUUCUCAGCGUAAACCUAGAAACAUUUCCAAUUGACCUUAAGCCGCCGCCGCCGCCAUGGAGCAGACUUUCAUAAUGAUCAAGCCCGAUGGUGUUCAAAGAGGCCUGGUUGGCGAAAUCAUUGGUAGAUUUGAGAAGAAGGGCUUCACUUUGAAAGGGCUAAAGCUGAUUACUGUGGACCGAGCUUUUGCUGAGAAGCAUUAUGCUGAUUUGUCCGCAAAGCCAUUCUUCAAUGGGCUCGUUGAGUACAUUGUCUCUGGCCCUGUUGUUGCUAUGGUUUGGGAGGGCAAGAAUGUGGUAACCACUGGUAGGAAGGUGAUUGGAGCUACCAACCCUGCUGAUUCUGCUCCAGGCACCAUCCGUGGUGACUAUGCUAUUGAUAUUGGCAGGAAUGUGAUUCAUGGCAGCGAUGCGGUUGAGAGUGCAAGAAAGGAAAUUGCUCUUUGGUUCCCUGAGGGAAUUGCUGAGUGGCGCAGCAGCCUCCAUCCAUGGAUCUACGAAUAAGCAUAUUUCAGACUAUGGUAUCGGCUUUUAUCUAUUCCAUCUAUCUAUCAUGCCUUGAUCUGUUUCUGGCUGAGUGAGUGAUUCCGAGUUUCAACUUUUGUGUCUCUUAUGCACCGUGAUGUUGUUGAGGAUGAUACUGUUGUAGUAAUGCAAAUUCAGGCAUUCUUGCCUCUACUCUUUUAGUAAACCAAUUUUCGUGACUUACAAUCA